AUGUCCGAGGAAGACGACAAGCAGCUCUUGUUCAAGGUUGCGGGAUGGAGAUUGAUAAAUGAAGAAGGUGGACGUAAGCUCCAAUGCCUUUGGAAAUUGAGAGAUUUCCAUUCUGGGAUUGAACUCAUCAACAGGAUACACAAAGCUAUAGAAGAUACCGGCCAUUUCCCUAACCUUCAUCUUGAACAGCCUAAUCAACUCCGAGCCGAGCUUUGGACUUCAGCCAUCCGUGACUUGGCCCUUUUUGUUUUUACUGUAAUUUUUUGUAUCAUUCAUCCGUUGCAAAUGGAGCUAGAAGAGUCAUCAUUGACAAUUUCUGAGGAUGUAAUGGGAGGCCAUGACAAUCCCAAGAGUGAACUUUUUGGUGGAGAUCACACUGUGGAGGAAGAAUUACCAAAUGCUAAUGUAGAACCUGUGGAAAAGGAAUAUUUUCAGGCAGCCGAUGGAGAUGAUGAGUUUUCAAUUGAAGAUAAACCAAAUGUUGAUAUUGGAGAUGAUCUGGAAAAGAAAACUGCAGAUAUGAAAUCAUUAUCCAAGGAGGAAUUAGGUCGUCUUGUUGCCUCUCGUUGGACUGGAGAAAAUACUGAGCAGGAUAAAAAUGAAGAGGUCGUUGAACCAAUGGAUGAUUUGGGCGACAUGGAUCAUGAUGAUGGUUCAAGCUCUUCUGAUAAAUUUGAGUCAGAUGAUGAUUUUGACCUAUCGGAUGUGGGCAGUACGACAAAAUCAUCUUGGUUGGAGAAGAUUCAAAAGACUAUAAGACAAGUUCUUCAGGCUGUAAACCUAUUCCAAACUCCAAUUGAUAAAUCUGAAGCUGCACGUGUUCGCAAAGAAUAUGAUGAGUCUAGUGCAAAGCUGUCUAAAUUACAGUCCAAGAUAUCAAGUUUGUCACAAAAGUUAAAACAGGACUUUGGUAGGACCAGAGAAAGAGUUUUAUUCAUUCUAUGGUCAAUGUUUCGAGACCCAGCAAAACAAGUUUGUCUUCUAAUUCUUGUUAAUCAUGAGUCAUUUUACUUUGUUGUGCUUAAUAUUCUUACUAUUGCUUUUUUAUGUGCAUUGUACCUGGCUCAGGUGGGGGAAAUGGACGAUUCGCUGGAAAACAAGUUCAAGCUGCUUCAGGAGCAAUUCUUGAAGACGAUGAAUGAUCAGAUGACAAAGCAAAUGAGAAAGAUGAAUGAGGAACUGACGAAAUCAAUAAAUGAAAAUUUCGUCCGAAUUUAUGCUGACCUUCCCAGGAUGAUGCAGGAGGUGGUAGGGGAACAAUUCUCAGCUUUGGAUGCACGAAUCUCUUCUUUGGAACCUGGCAUGGAUGCUGGCAGGGAAUUGUCAAGCUGUGUUGGUAAGCAUCACAAUUCCCCUUCUAUAGCUUCAGUUACUGGUGUUAAAUUGUAUCCUGCUGGUGAAGUUAAUGGUCCUAAAUGCAAUCAUUUUAAGCAAAUUACUCCAUUAGAAGAUGAAUUUGACCACGGGGAAAGACAGUUGAAUAACAGCAAUUGGAAAUCUAAACCUAAAAUUGGGUUGCCUGUUUUUGAGGGGGGAUAA